CCCUUAAGAAACCCUAGGCACGUCUCUUCUUCCUAUCACACCACACACCACACACACACAGAAGUAGCUUCUUCCCAAUCUCUCUCCCCUCCAGAAUGGUUACUUUCAGGUUUCACCAGUACCAGGUUGUGGGGAGAGCUCUCCCGUCGGAGAGCGAUGAGCAUCCGAAGAUCUACCGCAUGAAGCUCUGGGCCACGAAUGAGGUUCGCGCCAAAUCCAAGUUCUGGUAUUUUCUGAGGAAGCUUAAGAAAGUCAAGAAGAGCAAUGGUCAAGUGCUGGCAAUCAAUGAGAUUUUUGAGAAGAACCCAACCACAAUCAAGAAUUAUGGGAUUUGGUUGCGGUAUCAAAGUCGAACUGGUUAUCACAACAUGUACAAGGAAUACCGUGACACUACUCUGAAUGGUGCUGUUGAGCAAAUGUACGCUGAGAUGGCUUCCCGCCAUAGGGUUAGGUCUCCUUGCAUCCAAAUCAUCAAGACUGCAACCAUCCCAGCUAAGCUUUGCAAGAGGGAGAGCUCAAAACAAUUCCACAACUCCAAGAUCAAGUUCCCCCUGACCUUCAGGAAGGUCAGGCCACCAACCAGGAAGCUCAAGACCACCUACAAGGCAUCAAGACCCAACUUGUUUAUGUAAGUCUGGGUGAUCAUUUGUUGGAUGAGCUAUAAAGGUCGAUCUAAUUUUUUUGAAAUUUUGUUUUACUAUUCAGUAGAAACCUUCCUGCGUUUUGGAUCUUGUUUGUUGGAUAUUAUUUGGCUUGAUAACCUUUGCAUAUCAGACAGUCGAGGACCGUGAUCAAUGAGGGCCUUAAAAUCCCUGUUUUAUUUACUUUUUGAAAGUUUGAGUUAAUCCGGAUGUUUCCUA